AUGACCAACCUCGCCGUCCCCCUCCUCCUCCUAACGGCGGCGCUAACCGUCUCCUCCGCACCAACCGCCUACGAAGCCCUACGAAACUUCAAUUUCCCAGAGGGAAUUCUCCCACAAGGCGUAACCGGUUACAAACUCAACGAAUCAAGUGGCAAUUUCCGCGCCGAUCUGAACGGUUCGUGCAGAUUCUCCUUACAAGGCUCCUAUCAAUUGCGUUACAAUUCAACGAUCACCGGCCACAUAACUGAUAACAAACUUACAGAUCUCAGGGGUAUAAGCGUCAAAGUGCUAUUCUUCUGGGUCAACAUACUUGAAGUUGCUAGAAAAGGCGAUGACCUUGAUUUCUCUGUUGGAGUCGCAACUGCUUCUUUUCCGUUAGAUAGUUUCUUUGUUUCUCCACAGUGCGGUUGCGGUUUGGAUUGUGAUACUUUAAGAAUAAGGAAACUUAAAUUGAAUACAAAAAACCCUUCUCUUUCAUCUGCUUAG